GUCACGUAAUUGUCAAAUCAACGCAGAGAGACGUCAAUUUGUAGCAGACAUUAUCCACAUCGUUAAUUGAUCACAUUAUAGCAAAUUCAGCACGAGGAGCUUGUACAUUUGUUAAUUUUACACUUUACGUUAAUUUAAUCAGUAAACAAAAUGUACCCCGUUGGCCAACCUCCAGCGGGGGAAACGAGUGGUGGUGCAGUGGGUGUGUCGGGAGGGGUUAGCACGACGGCAGGGACGACGGGCACGGCGCCCGGGGCCGUCAGCACGGCGGCCACCACGGGCACGCCGGGCGCCGCCGUGGCGCCGGGCACGGGCACCAUGGCGCUAGUGUCGCCCGUCGCCGCGCCGCCGCCCGACCUGCCCGUGCUCACAUGCCCGCGGCGACCCAAUCUCGGCCACGAGGGGAGGCCCAUCAUGCUUAGAGCAAAUCACUUUCAAAUAUCCAUGCCGAGAGGAUAUGUCCAUCACUAUGAUGUUAAUAUACAACCAGAUAAGUGUCCACGAAAGGUGAAUAGAGAAAUUGUAGAGACUAUGGUUCAUUGUUAUAAUAAGAUAUUUGGUGCCCUCAAGCCAGUGUUUGAUGGUAGGAAUAACCUUUACACAAGAGAUCCUCUGCCGAUUGGCAAUGACCGAGUAGAACUGGAAGUCAUAUUGCCUGGAGAAGGCAAGGACAGAGUUUUUCGUGUUACAAUUAAAUGGGUAGCUCAGGUUUCAUUAUUUGCAUUAGAAGAGGCUUUAGAAGGUCGAACAAGACAGAUACCAUAUGAUGCCAUUUUAGCAUUGGAUGUAGUAAUGAGGCAUCUGCCAUCCAUGAUGUACACCCCGGUGGGGCGAUCAUUCUUCUCAUCUCCGGAAGGCUAUUAUCAUCCUCUGGGUGGCGGCCGAGAAGUCUGGUUUGGUUUCCAUCAGUCAGUGAGACCAAGCCAAUGGAAAAUGAUGCUUAAUAUUGAUGUAUCUGCCACUGCAUUUUACAAGGCCCAACCUGUCAUAGAGUUUAUGUGUGAAGUAUUAGACAUUCGGGAUAUUAAUGACCAAAGAAAACCAUUGACUGAUUCACAAAGAGUGAAAUUCACGAAAGAAAUAAAGGGUUUGAAAAUCGAGAUCACUCACUGUGGCACCAUGAAGAGGAAGUACCGCGUAUGCAACGUCACGCGGCGGCCCGCACAAAUGCAAUCAUUCCCGUUGCAACUAGAGAAUGGACAAACUGUUGAAUGUACAGUCGCGAAAUAUUUCCUAGACAAAUACAAAAUGAAGUUAAGAUAUCCACAUUUACCGUGUCUGCAAGUCGGACAGGAACACAAGCACACAUACUUGCCCCUGGAAGUGUGCAACAUUGUCCCAGGACAGAGAUGUAUCAAGAAACUGACGGACAUGCAAACGUCUACCAUGAUCAAAGCCACGGCCCGCUCGGCGCCCGAUAGGGAGCGUGAAAUCAACAACCUAGUGCGCCGCGCGAACUUUAACACGGACCUGUACGUGAAGGAGUUCGGGCUGACCAUCUCCAACAACAUGAUGGAGGUGCGCGGGCGCGUGCUGCCGCCGCCCAAGCUGCAGUACGGCGGCCGCGUCUCCUCGCUCGGCGGACAGGCGCUACCCAACCAGGGCGUGUGGGACAUGCGCGGCAAGCAGUUCUUCAUGGGCGUGGAGAUCCGCGUGUGGGCCAUCGCCUGCUUCGCGCCGCAGCGGACCGUGCGCGAGGACGCACUCAAAAACUUCACCCAGCAACUGCAAAAGAUCUCGAACGACGCGGGCAUGCCGAUCAUCGGGCAGCCGUGCUUCUGCAAGUACGCGACGGGGCCGGACCAGGUGGAGCCGAUGUUCAAGUACCUCAAGUCCACCUUCGUGCAGCUGCAGCUGGUUGUGGUCGUGCUGCCUGGGAAGACGCCCGUUUACGCGGAAGUAAAGCGUGUCGGCGACACGGUGCUCGGCAUGGCGACGCAGUGCGUGCAGGCCAAGAACGUGAACAAGACCUCGCCGCAGACCCUCAGCAACCUGUGCCUCAAGAUCAACGUCAAGCUGGGCGGCAUCAACUCCAUCCUGGUGCCGUCGCUGCGCCCUAAGGUGUUUAACGAGCCGGUGAUCUUCCUGGGCGUGGACGUGACGCACCCGCCGGCGGGCGACAACAAGAAGCCGUCCAUUGCGGCGGUGGUGGGCAGCAUGGACGCGCACCCCUCGCGGUACGCCGCAACGGUGCGCGUGCAGCAACACAGGUCAUUCAAUUACGAAGAUCGGGAAUCACAAGAGAUUGUUCACGAGAUGAGCAGCAUGGUGCAGGAGCUGUUGAUAAUGUUCUACAAGAGCACAGGCGGGUUCAAGCCGCACCGCAUCAUCAUGUACCGCGACGGCAUCUCCGAGGGGCAGUUCAUACACGUGCUGCAGCACGAGCUGACGGCUGUGCGCGAGGCGUGCAUUAAGUUGGAGGCGGAAUACAAGCCGGGCAUCACAUUCAUCGUAGUCCAGAAGCGGCAUCACACGCGGCUGUUCUGCGCCGACAAGAAGGAGCAGUCCGGCAAGUCGGGCAACAUCCCCGCCGGCACCACCGUCGACCUCGGCAUCACGCACCCCACCGAGUUCGACUUCUAUCUCUGCUCGCACCAGGGCAUUCAGGUACGAGCACAGGACGGGCGGGCAAGUCGGGCAACAUCCCCGCCGGCACCACCGUCGACCUCGGCAUCACGCACCCCACCGAGUUCGACUUCUAUCUCUGCUCGCACCAGGGCAUUCAGGUACGAGCACAGGACGGGCGGGCAAGUCGGGCAACAUCCCCGCCGGCACCACCGUCGACCUCGGCAUCACGCACCCCACCGAGUUCGACUUCUAUCUCUGCUCGCACCAGGGCAUUCAGGUACGAGCACAGGACGGGCGGGCAAGUCGGGCAACAUCCCCGCCGGCACCACCGUCGACCUCGGCAUCACGCACCCCACCGAGUUCGACUUCUAUCUCUGCUCGCACCAGGGCAUUCAGGUACGAGCACAGGACGGGCGGGCAAGUCGGGCAACAUCCCCGCCGGCACCACCGUCGACCUCGGCAUCACGCACCCCACCGAGUUCGACUUCUAUCUCUGCUCGCACCAGGGCAUUCAGGGCACGUCGCGACCGUCCCACUACCACGUGCUGUGGGACGACAACCACUUCGGGUCGGACGAGCUGCAGUGCCUCACGUACCAGCUGUGCCACACGUACGUGCGCUGCACGCGCUCCGUGUCCAUCCCCGCGCCCGCGUACUACGCGCAUCUAGUCGCCUUCCGCGCCCGCUACCAUCUGGUCGAGAAGGAGCACGACUCGGGAGAAGGCUCCCACCAGUCCGCCUGCAGCGAGGACCGCACGCCCGGCGCCAUGGCGCGCGCCAUCACCGUGCACGCCGUCACCAAGAAGGUCAUGUACUUCGCCUAGGCACGC